AUGUUUGUCAAAAGGAGAACCCUGAUGAACAAGAUCCCUCCUUUGACCCAGUCUCAGACACCCAUAGAAACACAGAGCAAGAGUAUGGACAUAAAGGCAUGACAUAUCUCAAACACAGGAGGCUGCUGAGGGGAGGACGGCUCAUAAUAAUGGUCGUCCUCCCCAAUUAAGGUGCCACCAACCUUCUGUGAUCUCAAAGUAAAGGUAAGCAGCCUAACUCGUCAACACUGUGCAAGCCCAGUUACAAGGCCCAGAGUUAUUGUUAAAAUGAUACUAAAUGAGCAAGAGGAUGGACAUAAAGGCAUGACAUAUCUCAAAGUAAAGGUAAGUAGCCUAACUCCUCAACACUGCACAGUCCAAGCCCCAGAGUUAUGUUGGAAUGAUACUGAAUUAAUAAUGGGAUGAAUUGGUGCCUGAAUUGGUGCCUCUAGGGCAAUUCAAAAGGCUGAUUGAAGACCUUUUUACUGAAGAAUGUCUGUUUUUAAUGAUUGUGUUUUGUUUUGCAUGUAUUGAUGUGAAUAUUGAUGUGCAUAUUGAUGUAUAUAGUGGAUAUAGAUGUGUAUUGAUGUAUGUACAGGGCUCAUCUGUAAAAGAGACCUUGGUCUCAGCAUGACUCCUUGUAAAAAUAAAUGUUAAAUAAAAGUAAAUGUUCUCUGUGUCAGGUGCUACCUUCACCAGUCCCAGUCAAAGAGAAGGAAACAUGCUCCCUUCUGCCAGUAAAUGAAGAGGAAGUUGCCUUAAUUACAGUGAAGGAAGAAGAGAAUGAAGACUGGUUGAAGUCAGAAGAUGAGGAUGUUGUGAAAGUGUCAGUGCCUUGGGAGCCAUUGGAGACAUCGCCAUCAUCAUCAUCAUGCUCAGAUACAGAUGAUACAGAAGACAGUGAGAUGGAAAGUGAUAAUGUGCGGGUGAGUUUAAGCAUUUAAUAAUAGACUGAGUGAAAUAAAACACUUUGAGAUUUUUUGUAGAUUUAGGUUGAUGCGAAUUAUCUCUUUAGUUUUGCCUUUGUCAAUGGGCCUCAUAACAAUAGUUUAUGGAUGCAUUGGAAAAUGUCAUGUUUUUUCUCUGAUAGCACAUGGACAUAAAAUCCCUCAGUGGAAAAAGGCCAAGAGCUGCUUAGGCCAUUCUACCACUGGUCCCCCAGUCAGAGAUGGAGGACCUAAAUGACUCAGAAGAUUAUGAGCUACAGUACAUUCCAAAACCAGGAUAUCAGGAAGACGAGUCCCCUUCUGAACUGACAGACAGAAAUGCUUCCCCAUACCCUGAAACUGCAGUCUCCCAAGAGAAAGAAGAGAAAAGGCAGAAACACAAUUCUAGUGUUUCAUACAUACACACACAACCACAAUCUUGACACAUUUGUAAGCCCUUGUAAAUCUAGCUCCUUGAAAUCACAGCCAAGACAGGCGCUUUGGAAGAAGACAGACAUUGAUCCCUUCCAGGUUCCAGAUCCAGUGUUUGUGGCACUAGUGUGUUCAAUCCCCCUAUGAAUAUUUCAACAUGUUUUUCACUGAUCAGGUGAUUGCACACAUUGUUGAGGAGACAAACAUUUACUCGGUUCAACAGGACUGGAUCUGCAAUCAACACAAACCCUGGAGCGAUUUUAUGAUUUCUUGUAGGCUACAGUAUAUGCUUCUCUACAUGGGUGUUUUUGACUUUCCAACCUUUGUGGACUACUGGCAUUCUGACUCUCGCUUCCCACCCUAG